UUCUAUGUUAUACCUAGAAUAUUAUGCCUGUGUUAAUUGUAAAAAAAUAAUAAUGCAUCAAUAUCCCUCCAAUAAUGUUUGUCUUCAAAUGGCACUACAUGAAAUACUGGGCCAGUCUUAUCGCGUUCGUAAACAUAUAUAAAUCGUAAACAAUUUAUGUUACGAUACAUUUACGAUUGGUGAUAUUAAAAAUUAAGUGCCUUGUUCUUUAGUCCCCUCAGUUUAUUCGAGAUUGCGAAACAAAAACCGUUCCAUGCUAUUAGGACAAUGUUACAAGAAGAUGCACAAGCGAAUUGUAGUGGACACACAGGGCUCGCCUCACUGCAACCACUUACUUCAACCAGUUACGCUCAUGAAGAAGUUUAUCUCGAUAUCGAUAUUUUUACUCCUUUUCUUACCAAAAUACAGAACAGAAUCUGCGCUGCGAACGGAAAAAGGCAAAGCAGUUGAAGGGAAUCAAUACCCAUACAUAGUCAAAAUCGAAGGUAUAUUAGACGCGUCGCCGAAAAGCGCCACAAACGCAAUACAUAUCUGUUCAGCCAUAGUGGUGUCGUCGACGUGGACCAUCACGGCGGCGCACUGCGUGGCGCGCAUCUACAGCAUGAACCACGAGCAGCCCGCCAGCGCCCAGCGCUCGCCCGUGGUGCGGCUGCGGCGCGCCGACCCGCCGCCCGACGCGCCGCCCUCCGCGUCCGACAUCGUCAACAUACAGGAGGGCUACAAGCACCCCGGCUACCGGGACUUCAGCGUCGGCGGCACUCUCGACCUCAGAAACGACGUGGGCAUGCUGCGCACCGACCCAAUCGCGUUAAAGGAGUAUGCCAAGAUCUCCAGUGCAGAUUUCACUUCCAUGAUCGGAGUACAAGCGAGAACAUUCGGUUACCCGAAGAGCUCUGGCAGAGAGCACGCGGUCACGCCGGCCCGGCUGCACAGCUCGGAGGUGAUCAUCGUGGAGUGCUCCUCCGGCAACGAGAUGUACCCGGCGCUGUGCGCGGCGACGCCGUGCGGCGGGCGGGCCGCCGCGUGCGCGGGCGACGCGGGCGCGCCGCUGCUGGCCGCGCCGGGAGUCGUCGCCAUCACGGGCCGCUGCGGCGCCAGCGCGCGCGGGACCUUCGUGCCGCUCAGCCCAUACCUCACUUGGAUUUCUAGUUUUAUUCUCUAUGUUCAUUGACUACAAAUA